AUGCCGCUGGUGAAGAGGAACAUCGAGCCCCGGCACCUGUGCCGGGGGGCCCUUCCCGAUGGGGUGACGAGUGAGCUGGAGUGUGUCACCAACAGCACGCUGGCUGCCAUCAUCAAACAGCUGGGCAGCCUCAGCAGGCAUGCAGAGGACAUCUUUGGAGAGCUGUUCAACGAAGCCAACAGCUUCUACAUGAGGAUGAACUCACUGCAGGAGAGGGUGGACCUGCUGGUCAUCAAGGUGACGCAGCUGGACUCCACCGUGGAGGAAGUUUCACUGCAGGACAUCAACAUGAGGAAAGCCUUCAAGAGCUCCACGGUGCAGAACCAGCAGGUCGUGUCCCGCAACUCCAUCCCCAACCCGGUGAUGGAGAUGUACCAGCGCUGCGACAAACCCCCGCCCCUCAACAUCCUCACGCCCUACAGGGAUGACAAGAAGGAUGGCCUCAAAUUCUACACCGACCCCUCCUACUUCUUCAACUUAUGGAAGGAGAAGAUGCUGCAGGCGACAGAAGACAAGAGGAAGGAGAAGCGCAGGCAGAAGGAGCAGCGGCUGGUGGAGGACUCCACCCGGGAGGUGAAGAAAGUGAGGAAAGCCCGCAACCGGCGCCUGGAGUGGAACAUGAUGGCGUAUGAUAAAGAGUUCCGGCCGGAUAACAGGUUCUCACCAUCCCCCUAUCACAUGGCGUCAUCGGAAGGAUCACUGUCCCCAGAUAAUAGGUCCUACGCGUCGGACGCCGCCGACCACUCGUACCCGGCCAGCCCCAACCACCCCGCGCAGCUGCUGGCCCCGGCGGCCCACCUGGCCCCUGCGGAGCACAAGGAGGGGCUGGCGGCCACCAACCCCCCGGAGCACGUGUUCCGGCCGGCCGCGGGCAGCCGGCAGAACAGCCUGACCCGCCUGCAGCAGCCCCACGCCCCGCCGCCCCCCGAGGCCGUCCUCAACGGGCCCAGACCACACCUAGUCAAGGAUUACGGCCCGCAGCCGGUGCCCAUGGCCGAGUACUUCGUGCCGCCGGCCCCGCCGCCGCCGCCGCCCGUCAUCCCGUCGGCACAGACCGCCUUCGACAGCCCCAUCUCGGCUCCCCCCGCGCUGGCCCCCGGCUCGGCCGCAGCCCCGUCCUACGCCCCGUCACCGCCCCCCGCGCCCCCCGGGCCCUACUCCGCCUCGCCGCCGCAGAGCGGCCCCAUGGGACCGCCGGUGGCCCCGCCGCCCCCGCCGCCCGGGCCCCCGGCCGUGUCCGCCUCGCCCGCGCACUCCGCCUCGCCGCCCGCGCCCGCCGCCGAGCCGCGCAAGCCGCAGAUCCCGCUGAUGCCCAUGAGCGACGCCCGGAGCGACCUGCUGGCAGCCAUCCGCAGGGGAAUCCAACUCCGGAAGGUCCAGGAGCAGUGGGAACAAGAGGCCAAGAAAGAGCCCGUGGGCAAUGACGUGGCGACCAUCCUGUCGCGCCGGAUCGCGGUGGAGUACAGCGAGUCCGACGACGACUCCGAGCUGGACGAUAACGAGUGGUCGGACUGAGGGCCCCGGGCUGGGCGGGCUCGGGGCUCCAGCUCUGCUCCAGGUGUGUAUGGGCACCUCCAGGUGUGUGUGGGCACCUCCCCAAGGUCGCUGCCGGCAGGCGGGGGCCCCGCUCGGUCAGGAGCUUUGCUUUUACACUAUGUCCAAAACCCUUCGGGCAGCAGCAGCAGCAGCAGCAGCACUGGUAGGAUACACCUCGGAGGCAGUGAGACCAGAAAUUAGCAGCACCUUCACAGUUAAUGACUUCUGAAAUUCUCUGAAGGCAGGUUAAUAGGAUUACUCCAGAUUUGCACCUGGAGCAAGAGCGGAGACUGGCCUUGAGUGUGCUUUGUGAGAGAAGGAGCCCCAGAGGCAGCAGUGCUUUUCCAGCUAAAUAUUAAUUGUGAUAACGAGAAGCUCCUGGAGAAGAAGCCUUGUUUGCACAGCUGGUGCCACCACGGGAGCUCAGGGGUGGGCUUGGGGACGCUGCUGCUGGUGGUUCUGGG